UCUAGUACACCCACAUGGAAAUUUCGUUAUCUGCUUGAAGGAAAACAAAAUCUGUCAUAAAUAUACUCGUACACUCGUACUUUUUAUUCGUUUGUUCUCCCAAAUUUAACCAUGGCCGAUGACGAUGAUAAACCCAAGAAGCAUACCCUGGACUCGCUUUUCAUGGUGUACUGCAACUACAAGGCUAACCCUACGGAGCUGGAGAACGAGCAGUUUGACUGCAUUCUUCUCUCGCAAAUUGAUGCCUGGCUGGAGCAGGCCAAGCUAAUGCCUAACCCCAUAACACGUACCCAAACUGGACUCCUUUACAUGCGCUAUAAAAAGUGGCGCUUGGGAUACGAAGACUUUCUUGAGCUGAUCACCCAAUUGGUGGUCGAUAACAACCUAAUCUUGGACGAAUUUAAGCAGAUAAUGAUCGAAGCGGGUCCACCCAGCGGUGCCACCGACAUCGUCAUGGUCAAGUAGUUGUACUAGCAAAUCUGCAGUUUAUUUUAUAUAAAAAACAUCAGCAUACAACAAUAUCAUUUACAGCCAGUAACAAUAAGAUUAUAAACAAUAUUUAUAGGAAA